CUUGCUACUGUUGCACUCGUUCUGUUCUUACAGCAUCAGCCCCUCUACUCAGCCGCCCUCAUGUCGGUCACAAGGACAGUUUCAUCUCAGCGGCAUGCACAAGACUGGAGAUGUGAUUCUGGGGGGAUUGUUUGAAGUCAACUUUUUUUCAGUUUUUCCUGACUUGUCUUUCACGUCUGAGCCCCAGCAUCCCACCUGCCAUGGUUUUGACGUUCUAGGAUUUAGGCAGGCCCAGACCAUGGCUUUUGCAGUAGAUGAGAUCAACAGGAACGCCGAGCUCUUGCCCAACGUCACUCUGGGAUACAGCGUGUACGACAACUGUGCUAAACUGGGAAUUGGAUUUCGUGCAGCGCUGACGUUAAUAAGCGGACAAGAGGAGGAGAUUGUGAUGGAGGAUAACUGUUCAAGAACCCCGGUGUUGGCAAUUGUGGGGGAUUCAUCCUCCACGCGCUCCAUCGCCAUUUCCACCGUGUUGGGUUUGUACCGAGUGCCAAUGGUGAGUUAUUUUGCCACAUGUUCCUGUCUAAGUGACCGUCAGAAGUUUCCGUCCUUCUUCAGAACGAUACCAAGUGAUGCUUUCCAGGUGAAUGCUAUGAUUCAGAUCCUAAAGCACUUCAGCUGGACCUGGGUGGGAUUGCUGAUCAGCGCCGACGACUACGGGCUCCACGCCGCCAAGUCAUUUCAGUCUGAUCUGAGUCCGUCUGACGGAGGCUGCCUGGCCUACACGGAGGUGUUGCCGUGGGACAACGAGGCGCCGGAGCUGAGGAGAAUCGUGGACGUGAUGAAGGCAUCCACGGCUCGGGUGGUCGUUGUGUUUGCACACGAGAGCCACAUGAUCAAUCUCAUGGAGGAGGUUGUGAGGCAGAACUUGACAGGCCUUCAGUGGCUGGCCAGUGAAGCCUGGUCCACAGCUGCCGUGCUGCAGACCCCUGACCUCAUGCCMUACCUCGGGGGCACACUGGGCAUCGCUAUCCGUCRAGGAGAGAUACCAGGCCUCAGGGACUUCCUGCUGGAAAUCAAUCCUAAUAUAAAACACAACAGCAGCUAUGGAAGUAGCAUGGUAAACCAGUUCUGGGAGUUCACGUUUCAGUGCAGAUUUGCACCGCCGCCUGCAGGCUGGGUUGAAAACGGAGGGCAAGUUUGCUCUGGAGAAGAAGAUUUAAGGACGGUAGAGACUGAGUUCUUAGACAUUUUUAACCUCCGGCCCGAAUACAACGUUUACAAAGCCGUGUACGCUCUGGCACACGCCCUUCACAAUUUGCUGCGAUGCGAACCAGGAAGUGGAAGCUGCGCCGCUCCGGAAACACUGAAACCGUGGCAGCUUGUGUACUACCUCGAGAGGGUCAAUUUCACCACAUCAUUUGGUGACCAAGUGUCAUUUGAUGAGAACGGCGACGUCUUACCGAUAUAUGACGUCAUGAACUGGCUCCGGCUCCCCGACGGACGAACAAAUGUUCAGAAUGUCGGCGAGGUUAAAAUGUCAGCUUUCAGUGGUGAACAACUCACACUUGAUGGAGACAAAAUCUUCUGGAACUUUGAAUCGAAAAAACCACCGCGGUCGGUGUGCAGCGAGAACUGUCCCCCAGGAACCCGCAUGGUGAGAAGGAAGGGGGAACCUGAGUGCUGUUUUGACUGCGUCCCUUGCUCUGAGGGGAAGGUCAAUAACAAAACCAAUUCCUUGGAGUGCUUCAGCUGUCCAGAGGACUUCUGGUCCAGCCCACAGCGAGAUCACUGUGUUCUUAAGCAAACAGACCACUUCCUGUCAGGACAGUUUCAUCUAAACGGUAUGCACAAGGCUGGGGAUUUGAUACUCGGUGGGCUGUUUCAGGUCCACUUCUUCUCCGUGUUUCCUGACCAGUCCUUCACCGCCGAGCCACAGCACCUGACGUGCCACAGUUUUGAUCUGUUGGGAUUUAGACAGGCUCAGACCAUGGCCUUUGCUAUUGAUGAAAUCAACGGAAACUCUCAACUUUUGCCCAAUGUCACUUUGGGCUACAGUUUGUAUGACAACUGUCUCACUCUCGGAGGAAAAUUUCAUCUAAACGACAUGCACAAGGCUGGAGAUUUGAUACUCGGAGGGCUGUUUCAGGUCCACUUCUUCUCCGUGUUUCCUGACCAGUUAUUCACCGCCGAGCCACAACAGCUGACAUGCCACAGUUUUGAUUUUCUAGGGUUUCGAAAGGCUCAGACCAUGGCCUUUGCCAUUGAUGAGAUCAACAGAGACGAUCAGCUUUUACCCAACGUGACUUUAGGGUACAGUCUCUACGACAGCUGUCUCACUCUCGGAGUUGGAUUUCGUGCAGCGCUGGCAUUAAUCAGCGGUCAAGAGGAGCAUGUUGUGCUGAAUGAGACGUGUGAAGGAGCCCCUCCARUUGUGGGGCUUGUGGGAGAUUCUUCCUCUACACGCACGAUUGCCAUCUCCACUGUCUUGGGUYUGUACAGAGUGCCAAUGUGGGUGGCCUUUGUUCCUGCCUACAUUAACUCUCCGGGUAAAUAUGCAGAUGCAGUGGAGGUGUUUGCCAUCCUGGCCUCCAGCUUUGGCCUCUUGGUGGCGCUGUUUGGACCUAAAUGUUACAUAAUUCUGCUGAGACCAGAAAGAAACACAAAGAAAGCUCUGAUGGGAAGAGGAGUGGAACAAUAAAAUAAUAGCUUGUAAAAGUACAGGUUCUCCUUCAAUGUUCUUUCCCAUUUUGGUGUGGCACAAUAAAACUUUAAUUUGAUUUUGUUUAAAACUUUCUGCAGGAAGGUGGACAACAAAUUCUGUAGCUCUGAACAUCUUCACAUCAGCUCAGCAUCUCUAUCUCUGCUGACAAAAAAGUACAUGAUUCUGCCAGCAUUGUGUUUCACAGGGGGACGGUGUGUGUGCAGGUCAAUGUGCAGUGCAAGCAUUCACAUGGUCAUCUCCUCUCACCAGGUCACUGUUCAACGUGUUUGCAUGUGACAAGCUGCAGACUGAGCUCCAUUUUUCGGUAGUGAUUUCCUUCUUGUCACUCAUUCAUGAAGUCAAUGAUUAAUUGUGGAGGACUUGACCAUUUCUCCUACCUGAACUGUGGAAACCUUGGAGAAUUGCAUCAUGAACACCCAGAAGCUCACUCCUGACAGAUUAGUACAUCAUAAAAUGUGACACCAAUCAGAAAAGCAGUCAUAAAAAGAGAUCAGUCAUUGG